AUGUUGACAAACACACGUAGGACGGAGGUCUCUCGUCCGCCCAUCGUCCGUCUCGAACGUUCGUCCCUCGUCGUGACUUCAGCCUUCAACCGCUUCAGAGAGCAAUUCCUGCACAAAUGCACUCCAGAGUCAAAGGCGGAUCAUUCAAGAGACGAAGACACAUUCUUAUCCCUCAAGCGAUCAAAAAAAGGGCGAGGAAGUCUCAACAUCAAGUUCAACAGUCAAGCACAGGCUGAGCGAGGGUACGUUGAGGAUGAAGACGUCGGACACGAUGAGGACGUGCACCCCAACACCCUCCGAGAAGCUGACGUAGACGGAGCCGACUUACACCAGGACAACUACGAGGAUGCAGACGUGUAUCCGAGUCGCAUCCUUGAGGAGACCCCCACCGAACCCCACCAUGAGACCUCGCUGGACACGCAGAGACGAAAGACCGGUGAGCCUGGCGUCAGUGCGGCGGCGCAGUGCGGCGAGCGUACUUCUGACGGCCAUUGCGGACUGAGAGCGACGGUGGGGGAGGUUCAGAAACGCUGCCCUGACAUGUUUCGUUGCUCGGAAGAGGUUUCCUCCUGGCUUCAGGAGAACCAGAACCACAAGGAGCAACUAGAGGAGUUGAGGGAGACCACGUCAGAGCUGCAGGAGGAACUGAGAAAUCAUCGGCAUCGAGUCCAGAUCCUGGAGAUUCAGAAGGAGGAAAACCCUCGUCCAAACUCCACCUUUAACCAGCGUAUACACCCCGUGGAGAUGCGUCACGACGAGGCCAGGACGCUGCUCCGCGUGCAUGCGGCGCUGCUGCACGAACUGCAGGCAGACGUCCGCAAUCUGUCUUCCGGCGUUCGCCACAUGACUGCAAGCAUGGGCUGCACUGCCGGCAGGCUGCUGGGCAGGCGUGACACUUUAGUGCCAGAUCGACACUUUGUGUCUUCCUGUCCGUCAGAUUGUGCGUCUCUGUAUCUCAGUGGUGUGCGACAUUCUGGUGUUUACACCAUUGUCCUGUCACCCGGUGCAAAUAUGCCGGCUGAUCUCCGGUAAGAAGCGACUUUUUAGCACCAUUUUCUCACCGAAACCUGCUGGUUGACAUUCCGUCGUGAUUCAUGUUCGCUUGAUCGCGCUCUGAUCCAUAGUAAAGUUUCACCUCCAGGAAUUUUAAACAAGGAAUCACCGUGUGUUUGUGUGGCUAAAGGCUAAAGCUUCCCAACUCCAUCUUACUACUUUGACUUCUCCAAUAUUAAUUGAACA